AUGGAUCCCGCAGGCGCUGCGGGAACCGGCGGAAACGAUGCAGCGCCGGUCUCCGCCUCACUGUCCCUGAAAUCCUGCUUCGGCCAGGGCCUGAGGCAGCUGAGCCACACCGAGGGGCUUUGCAACGCCACCCUGAUCGCUGGGGGAAGAAGGUUCCCGUGCAACCGGGCCCUGCUGGCCUCCAUCAGCCCCUACUUCCAAGCCAUGUUCGCCAGCGGCUUCAAGGAGUCCGUCGACGGAGAGGUGCUCCUGCAGGAUAUGAACCCGGCUGUGCUCCAGAGCCUGCUGGGCUACCUCUACUCGGGGGAGCUGUCGCUCAGCGCAGAGACCGCAGAGGACCUCUUCACGGCAGCCAGCCGGCUGCAGCUCAGCCCAGCGCUGGCGCUCAUCAGCAGGUACCUAGUAGAGAAGAUCUCCAUGGAAAGCUGCCUUCGCCUCUACUCGCUGGCUUGGGACCACAACAACCCCGCCUUGCUGCAGGGCUCGAUGCGCUACCUGAGCCUCCACUUUGAGCCCCUCCUGGAGCACAAAGACUUCCCCUGCCUCGACCUCGGGGCUCUGGUGGGCAUUCUCUCCUCCGACCACCUUGCGGUGCCCUCCGAAAUGGCCGUCUUCCUGGCUGUGCAGCGCUGGGUGGCAGCCGAGCCCGCCGGGCGGCUUCCCACACUCGGGACGCUGCUGCGGCAUGUCCGCCUCCCGCUGCUGACUCGCGAGGAGAUCGCCCGCAUCCAGGCGGACGUGGCGGCGCUCGGCCGGGAGGUGGAGGUGCAGUGGGAGGAUCUGGACGGGGCAGGGCGGCUGCGGGAGAGCGGGGGCCUCCGGCAGGGCAUGUUCCGGGAGAGGAUCGUGUGCAUCAAGGUGCCUCGCCUGAGAGACAUCCUGUCCGUCAGCGAGGACAUGGAUUGCUACAUGGAGUGCAUAAACCCGGGGACGGGCUCGAGGACCAGGCUGCCGCCCCUAGAGCUGGUGGCGCUGCCCGGCUGCUCUGCCCUGGAACACAGGCUGUACCUCUCCGGUGGGAAGCACUCCGACGGCUCCUACUCCCGUGCUCUGCACGAGUACAACUCGCUCGCCGACCGCUGGGUCCAGCUCCCCGCCAUGUCCACCCCCCGCUCUGUGCACAUGCUCCUGGCGUGCAAGCAGAGGCUGUUCGCCCUGAGCGGCUGGAACGACACGGGCGCCCUGGCCUCUGCCGAGUGCUUCGACGUGGCGCGGCAGGCGUGGGCGCCCAUCGCCAGCCUGCCCAUCAUCCUGCGCUUCUCUGCUUCGGCCCCGUACAAGAACAGGCUGUACCUGAUCGGCGGGGACGCGGACUCCGACGAGGUGCUUUACCAGGGCAUCCUCGUCUACGACAUCCACUUGGACACCUGGGCACAGGUGCCGCUGGACUUCUGUCUCCAUGGUGCGGCCGCUGUCCCCAUGGAGACGGGGAUCUGUGUCAUCGGGGGCUUCUUUUCAAAGAAGAUCGCGCACUCCUACCCGAAUGGGCGCUUCAGCCAGCUCCUCCCCUGCACUUCCAAGUGCUUCUUCAUGCACGAGGCCGGCACGGUCAGCCGGGAGGUCGUCAUCCCUCCGCUGCCGCUGCCCCUGGCCUUCGCCGGCGCCACCUGCUUCCAGGGGAAGGUUUACGUGAUGGGAGGCGUCUGCACCUCCAGGACGCACGACUCCAUCUACCACUGGCAGCCUGGGGAAGCCGCCUGGACGCGCUACCCAGAGAGCCUCACGGGUCAGGGGGCCGUGGUGCGGAGGGUACUGAAGUGCGUGACCCUGAAGGUGGCCCGGCCGAAGAUGAGGACGCUCAUUCGAGAUGCGUCUGCCAGCCAGGUGGCCGUUGGGCUGCUGGACUCGAAGGCCCCCUCUGGGGAGGGCAGCCGGGAUGGCUGUCCCUCACGCUCCCCGGGGGCAGAACCCACAAGAGCUGCAGAAACACCUCGCAGGGAAGAGAUAUUUUCGUCCGGAUUCCCCUCAUAUUCGGCCGACUAA